GCUGCUUCCACUCCUCUCACUCUCAUCCCUCCAAUUACUCGCUUCCCCUUCUUCUGUCAAAAGCAAAACCACUGUUCUCCAGUAGUUCACCUUCCAUUGACUCUUCUCUCUCACGGCUUUUGAACUGAUCAAGAAAAAUCGGUAUACCGUUUGCAGAGCAAACCCUAGAAAAUGAGCGAAGAAUCCAAGAACAGAAGCGAUCAGCACUACGGAACCUUCCAGGGUGUUCCCACCUACUCUCAGCCGCCGGCCGUAGGCUUCCCUCAGCCAGUCCCUCCGCCAGGGGCUGCCGAGCCCUCCGCUCCGCCUCCGCCUCCUCCUCAGUACUAUGCUCAUGGCUACCAAGCCGGUCCAGGUUAUGCGGUUGCUGAAGGAACACCUGUAAGAGAGCGUCGCCUUCCUUGCUGUGGCAUUGGUCUUGGCUGGUUCCUGUUCAUCAUUGGUUUCUUCCUUGCUGCUGUCCCCUGGUAUGUCGGGUUCUUCCUUCUACUUUGUGCCAGAGUAGACUACAGAGAGAAACCAGGCUACAUUGCCUGCACAAUUGCUGCUAUUCUUGCCACAAUUGCUAUUAUUUUUGGUGUAACAAAGGGAACAGGUGAGAUGUAGCCUCAUGGCCGCAGUUGUGGAGAAGAUUUCUGGGUGUCAAUUACUUGCAGUGUCAACCUUAGUAUCAAGGUUUCAAAACAUUAGUUAUUAGUAUUGCUUCAAACUGCAGCCAAGUAGCAUGGUGAUGCUUUUCAUAUAUUGAUGCAUAUACUAUAAUGUCUCAGAAGAAAAUGUUUUUUGAUUGUAAAGCUGUGGAACUUUCAGACUGUAAUUUUAUUGUAUAUUGUUUGGAUUCUGUAUCAGAUUUAUAAUCCAUUAACGAGUCAUGGUUAAGUUGCAUGUAGGUUGAGUUUUUGAUGCCUUGGGGCUAAAUGAUUAUUAUUUUCAUA